AUGUUCUUUGCACUUAGUAUUCUAUUUCUUACUACGAUAUCUUUCUCGUCCACUGGUAAAAUAGAUCAUUGGUCAGUAGGUAAUAUAAUUAUAACUAAUCCAACAAUACGCUUUCGACUUGAUAUCUAUUCGCCAACAACACCUGGUUCUUAUCCAGUUCUUAUUUAUUUACCUGGUCUAGCUGGUUUAGUACCUACAACAUGUUAUACAACAAUGGUAACAACAAUUGCUCAACAAAAUGUUAUUCUUAUAGGAAUUUCCAAAAUUGAAAAUAUAAAACCAGAAAAAAUCUCUAUACAUAUAGCUACUUUUCUUGAAUGGGUAAUGAAACCGAAUGAUGGUGCUACUCGUCUUUUUGCUGAACAUAAAGCAGUUAAAGAUGUUCUACCAAAUAUGGAUCGACUUGGUUUUCUAUCACAUUCAUCAGCUGCUCAUUCACUCGGUCAAUAUCUCAAUACAACAUGUGGUCCAUUAAAAUUAAUUAUUAUGAUGAAUCCUGUUGAUGGAAUUGAUCCAUUUGGUAUCGUACAGGAUUUUAUUACACAUCCUCCAACUCCACUUCCAUUUCGAACACCUACACUAAUAAUCAGUGCUGGUUUAGAUAAUGUCUCUAUUGGUAAGAAAACUCCAGCAUGUGCACCAAAUAAUAUUAGUAAUGAUCGAUGGUAUCGUUCAUUAUAUGGACCCACAUUUUUUAUUAAUCUAACAGACUAUGGUCAUGCUGAUAAUCUUGAUGAACCAUUUCAUGAAGCUAGUAAACUUAUGUGUACACCAUGCAAAGGUUCUAUUUGUCAUUUUUCUCAAUAUAAAACUGAUGAAGCAACAUUAAUUACAUCUUUUGUUCAUGCUAUAUUCAAUCGUGAUCUUCAACAACUUCAAAUUAUUAAAACUCCACAAAUUUAUCUUCAAAGUCAUGUUUUAAACAAAUAUGAUUUGCAUGGUUAUAACUAUACUUCUGGAGGACCGGGUGGUUUCUGUACCCAUGAUUAA